UAUUCCUGAUUCCAUUCAUCUUCUUCUCCAAGUCUUCUCAUCUCCUUCGGCGGCUGUGGCUGACCGGCGGUGGCUUUGACGGACCGGCGGUGGUUGUGGCUGGUAAACGGGCGCCGUCUCUUCUCUCACUCUCCGAUUGACGAUUCGUUUUUCCGAUCAACUCUUUUAUUCAGCUCAGAUCCUUUCUAAUCUGUAAUCUGGUAGUUCAAUUCAACCCUUUAGUUACCGAUUUACUGAUUCAUACUAUUUCAAUGGCAUUCCAUAUCUGUUAGGGCUUUCUUCUUUGUCAACGUUACCUUUAGAAACCACAAUUUACAUUCUAUAUCUUCUUUUAAUCAAAUUUACAAUCAUGGCUCUUCGAGUUACCAUUACCUACUCCGGUUAUGUCGCCCAAAAUCUAGCCUGCGCUGCCUCUAACAAGGCAGGCAGUAGCAGGCUAUUCGGUGAAUGUGCUAUUCGAUCUCGAUUAUUCUGCUCCGGUCAGAAGACCGAGGUUGAUCCUGCCGUUCGGAGCUACCACCAUGCGGAGUUUCGUCGACCCAGAACUAAUUGCUGGCCUAGUGAUUCGUUCUCGAUGUGCUCCGCUCUUGCGACUGAGAUUUUAGGGGGUCAAUGUAAAUCGCCUUUGAUGGUUGGUUUGAUCUCGCUGAUGAAAUCUACAGCCAGUGUUUCAAGUGCAUCUUCUAUAGGAAUUUUUGGGGUUUCUUCGUCUAAGGCGUUUUCGGUUCUUGACUUUUUACAAGGGUCGAAAUGGCUGCCAUCGAAUUCAGCUUCGAUUAUCAAUGAGGUGGAUAAAGGAGGAACAACAGAUUGUGGGGAUGAUGAAGAUAAUGAAAGUUUUGUCUAUUCAUAUAAAGACAUUAGUGAGAAGGGUUUUGACAGAGGUAGUUGGUUAUCUAGGUUAUUUGGUUUCUGGUCAGAGGACGCAAAGGCGGCCUUCACGGCGUUGACUGUUAGUGUACUCUUUCGAUCUUCGCUGGCUGAGCCGAGAUCAAUUCCAACAACUUCCAUGUACCCAACUCUUGAUGUGGGCGACCGUAUCUUGGCUGAAAAGGUAUCAUAUGUAUUCCGAAAGCCCGAAGUUUCAGAUAUUGUAAUAUUUAAGGCACCAACAUGUCUUCAGGAUUUUGGGUAUAGUUCUGGUGAUGUGUUUAUCAAAAGAGUUGUGGCAAAGGAGGGGGAUUAUGUAGAGGUUCGAAAUGGUAAACUGGUUGUGAAUGAUGUUGAACAAGAUGAGGACUUCAUUUUAGAACCACUUGGUUAUGAGAUGGACGAAAUGGUUGUGCCCGAAGGUUAUGUCUUCGUACUGGGGGACAACCGUAACAACAGUUGUGAUUCACACAAUUGGGGACCACUUCCUAUCGAGAAUAUCCUUGGUAGGUCGGUGUUUCGCUAUUGGCCACCCUCUAAAGUUUCGAGCACAAUACAUGAGCCAGCCACAAUGAGCAGUAUGGUAGUAGCAGUUUCAUGAUAAUCUGUUAUUCUCAAGAAUCAAAAUUGAUGAUUGGUAAAUCAUGGAUUGCUCAAUAGAUAAGAGGGGAGCGGUAGGGUAACUGUCUACCGCUUGCCCCUCCUCCACCAUGGAGGGGCAGUUAUUGUGUAUAAGUAGGCACCUUCACUGAAGACGGGUGCUUUGUGUGUAUGUAUGGAAGAAGAUAGAUGUUGGAACAGGUAUCGAUCGAUGUUAGUAGUAAUAAUGACCUAAUGUUAUUGAUUGUUUUCUCUAUGAUCAACUGUGUGUGUCUGAGUUGGUUUGGUAAACUACAAAAUGGACUGACUCUUCAAGCUUGAUUUUCAAACAUUUCUUUGAAAAGUUGUGCAUUUGCUCUUGGAAGUGCUUAUAAUAAUAUAUUCUUAGCCCAU